CGCAGUAAAGUAAAAUAUUCUUCUUACAUUCUGAGCUAGUUAGUGAUGACAAUAGUUGAACAACUUAGUACCUGCCAAGAAAAUCUACCCAAUAGACUAUCAGUUAAUGUUUUCUAGUCUUUCCUCAAAUAAACCUCUGAAUAUUUUCAACCCCUUUGUUCUUAUCUUUGAAUGUUAUAAAUUCUGCAAGUCAAUCUCAGUUAUAAUAGCACUGGACCAAAAAAAGUUUGAUUCUUUCUGAAUUCUGAAGAAUUUGAAACCCCUUAUCUUUUUUUUUUUUUUUUCUCUUGAUCAUGGAGCGUUAUGAGAUAGUAAAGGAGUUGGGUUCUGGUAAUUUUGGAGUAGCAAAGCUUGUUUGUGACAAGAAGACCAGAGAACUCUUUGCUGUCAAGUUUAUUGAAAGAGGCCAAAAGGUUGCAGAUAGAUGAACAUGUGCAAAGGGAAAUUAUGAAUCAUAGAUCACUGAAACAUCCAAAUAUAGUGAGAUUUAAGGAGGUCUUGCUGACACCUACUCAUUUAGCAAUAGUAAUGGAGUAUGCGGCGGGAGGAGAACUCUUUGCGAGAAUCUGUAAUGCUGGAAGAUUUAAUGAAGAUGAGGCAAGGUUCUUUUUUCAACAACUGAUAUCAGGGGUUAGCUACUGCCAUUUCAUGCAAAUCUGUCAUAGAGAUCUCAAAUUGGAAAAUACGUUACUUGAUGGAAGUGCUGCACCACGUGUGAAAAUAUGUGAUUUUGGUUACUCCAAGUCAUCCGUCUUUCAUUCACAACCGAAGUCCACUGUUGGGACACCUGCUUAUGUAGCACCAGAGAUCCUAACAAGGAAGGAAUAUGAUGGAAAGCUUGCAGAUGUUUGGUCAUGUGGAGUCACCUUAUACAUAAUGCUGGUUGGAGCUUAUCCUUUUCAAGAUCCAAGCGAUCCAAAAAACUUUACAAAGACUAUUGCUAAAAUACUCAGCGUGCGCUACUCAAUUCCUGAGCAAGUUCAAAUUUCCGUUGAAUGCCGUCAUCUCUUAACCAGGAUUUUUGUGGCAGACCCUGAAAAGAGAAUAACCAUUCCAGAAAUUAAAAUGCAUCCCUGGUUUUUGAAGAACUUGCCAGUGGAACUGAUGGAAGGAGGAAGUUACCAAUGUGUCGAUGUAAAUAACCCCUCCCAAAGCAUGGAAGAGGUUUUGGCAAUAAUACAAGAGGCAAGGAUUCCUUUGCAGGUUCCAAAGGGUGGAACAUAUUCUUUUGGGGGCAGUAUGGAACUUGAUGAAUUGGAUGAUGCUGAUAUUGAAGAUAUGAUUGAAACUAGCGGUGAUUUUGUUGGUCAAUUGUGAUGUGUACACAAUGAUCUGAUUACCAAAAGGGUGAAGAAAGAGACUAAUGUGUAAUGUGCUGUAAUAUCUGGAUUUGACUCUCAAGUGCUCACCCUAUAAUUUGCUGAUAGUUUUUUUUUUUUUUUUUU